AAUAAAGAGGAGGUACGACGUCAAGCAAAUCUCUGUUGGAAUCAAACUAUACUUUACCGGAAUUAUUCCGAUAGCUUCUAGAAUAGGCCCCGAUAUUUGACUGCAUUAGUUGAAAGAAACGAAGUGUUUGAACAAGAAAUAAUUCAAAUUGUGCCAAAGGUGUACCCUACUCGAAUAUAACUCUUUUGUCUCUAUGAUUUCAAAAUAAAAAUAUCAGCUGAUUUCUAAAUGUGUCUAGGGUUCCGUGCGGCUGUAGCAGGACUGGAGUGGCCCGUGGCUCGUUGGUGGUGUUUGUAAUUUGAAAUAUAGAAAACGUUGACACUUGGCAAACAUGGCGUCGAGGCUGAGGAAACUGGCGGUUGGCAGCAUUGCGUUUGGCACCGGCGCAUACAUCACCUGGUCGCUGGUGGCUCAUGACGAGCGCAAGCUGGGCCCCGUGGUGGCGGCCGCAGCGAGCGCCCCCGCCCCCAGACGCAGGCUGCCCACCCGCGCAGAGCAGCUGCACUCGCUGCAGACGGAGAGCUUCGACGUGCUGGUGGUGGGAGGAGGGGCCUCCGGCGCCGGCUGUGCCCUCGACGCCACCACCCGAGGCCUGAAGACGGCGCUGGUGGAGUGGGACGACUUUGCGUCGGGCACCAGCAGCCGCAGCACCAAGCUGAUCCACGGGGGCGUGCGCUACCUGCAGAAGGCCAUCAUGCAGCUGGACCUGGAGCAGUACCGCAUGGUGAAGGAGGCGCUCCACGAGCGGGCCAACAUGCUGCAGUCCGCGCCCCACCUCAGCCACCCGCUGCCCAUCAUGCUGCCCGUCUACACGUAUUGGCAGAUUCCUUACUUCUGGUUUGGGAUCAAGAUGUAUGAUCUGGUGGCAGGAUCGAAAAUGGUGAAGAGUUCCUAUUAUUUGUCGAAGAAAGAUGCGCUGGAGCUGUUUCCGAUGUUGCGAGGAGACAAGCUGUGUGGUGCCAUCGUGUACUACGACGGCCAGAUGGACGACGCGCGCAUGAACCUGGCGGUGGCGAUGACGGCCACGCGGCACGGCGCCACGCUGGCCAACCACGUGAAGGUGCUGCAGCUGCACAAGGAGGGGGGGCGGCUGAGUGGCGCGCGGGUGCGUGACGAGCUGACCGGCAAGGAGUGGGACGUGCGUGCCAAGUGCGUGGUGAACGCCACGGGCCCCUUCACGGACUCGCUGCGCAAGAUGGACGACCCCGACGUCAAGGCGAUGUGCUGUCCCAGUUCGGGUGUCCACAUCGUACUGCCGGGCUACUACAGCCCUGACAACAUGGGGCUGCUGGACCCGAGCACGUCAGACGGACGGGUGAUCUUCUUCCUGCCGUGGCUGCGACACACGAUCGCGGGCACCACGGACCUGCCGUGCCAGGUGACGCACAACCCCAAGCCCACCGAGGACGAGAUCACCUUCAUCUUGGAGGAGGUGAAGAACUACCUGAACCCAGACGUGGAAGUGCGGCGCGGGGACGUGAUGUCGGCGUGGAGCGGCAUACGGCCGCUGGUGUCGGACCCCAGCAAGGGCGACACCCAGAGUCUGGCUCGCAACCACGUGGUGCACGUUAGCGCCAGUGGGCUGGUGACCAUCGCGGGCGGCAAGUGGACCACGUACCGCGCCAUGGCGGAGCACACCAUCGACGCCGCCAUCCAAGCGUGCGGCUUGCAGCCGGCGCACACGAGCUCGCGCACGGACGGCCUGAAGCUGGAGGGAGCGACCAGCUGGACCCCCACCAUGUACAUACGCCUGGUGCAGGACUUUGGGCUGGAGACGGAGGUGGCCAAGCACCUGGCCAGCUCGUACGGCGACCGUGCCUUCGCCGUGGCCAAGCUGGCCAGCAUCACGGGCAAGCGCUGGCCCAUCAUCGGCAAGAAGCUGCACCCCGAGUUCCCUUACAUCGACGCAGAGAUCCGCUACGCGGUGCGGGAGUACGCGUGCACGGCGGUGGACGUGAUCGCCAGGAGGCUGCGUCUGUCCUUCCUCAACGUGCAGGCGGCACAGGAGGCGCUGCCGGGCAUCGUGGACCUCAUGGGGGAGGAGCUCCAGUGGACUGCCGACGAGAAGAAGACCCAGCUGAAGCUGGCGUCGGAGUUCCUGGCCAACGAGAUGGGGCAGACGGUGAACCGGGCGUCGCGCGACAAGCUGCCCAUCAACCUGAGCAAGGACGAGAUCCAGCAGAGCAUCAAGCGGUUCCAGAUCAUGGACAAGGAUCGCAAGGGCUACGUGUCCAUCAACGACAUCCGCCGCAGCCUGAAGAACGCCGGCCGCGACGUGAGCGGGGAGGAGCUGCACGAGAUCCUGCGAGAGAUCGACACCAACAUGAACGGCCAGGUGGAGCUGGACGAAUACCUGCAGAUGAUGUCGGCCAUCAAGUCGGGCCACGUGGCCUACUCGAGGUUCGCCCGCAUGGCCGAGCUGGAGGAGGAGCGGCACGAGCAGGAGAGUCUCAGGAAGCAGAUCUCGGUGGAGCGCAGCGGCGGCGGCGUGUAGCGCCGUGCAGCGCCGUGCCUUCUCCGGUGUUGCCAUGUCCACGACUGCUCGCGCCUCACUUUCAGUACAUACUUGCAUGUUGGUAGACAGUGCUGUUGCACUUCAUGCAGACACAGACAUGUGUCUCCUCACUGUCUGCUAAUAUAAACAUGUAAGUAACUGUAGUAGUGUGCUUUAGUAUUCAUGAUCUUCGUAGCCCUGUAGUCUGUUCCCUACCAUGUUUUUUUUUUUUUAUGAUUUAAAGUUAGCUAGCUAAUUCUAUUUCUCCGGGGAAGUUUUGAGUAGUACUUAAUAAGUUGGGUGGAGUGAUAGUUAAUACCACAGGUGCCUGAAAUAUGAACACUGUUGUAUGCAACCCAUGUCCAUCUGAAUUCAAAUGCUGUGUCAAUGCUGGCAGACAAGGGGUGAAAGGUAUAUUGUGUGUAAUAUUAUGGAAAUUUGAUUUAGAGAAAGUAAAGCUUGUUAACCAAUUAAUUAAAAGCAAGGUAAUCGCUAAAAUUAAUUUAACUAAUAUUGCAGUACCCGUGAAAAUCAUAAAAAAAGAAUGUUUGCUGUGAGUGUAAGAAAGUUUGCAAUAAAACAUGUUUUCAUCAUCUACCUUCAAACAAGGACAGGUUUAAGUAAUCAGUGGAGAUAGUGUUUAACUUGAAUUAACGAUAUACAUGAGAUUAAACGUGACAGAAACCCUUAAUGGCGAUGAAAUGCUACAAACAUGUUCUCUGCAUUGCACUGAAGUAAACAUAAAAUCACUGAAAGCAUGAAUCAAGAGCACAGAGAAAAAAAAUUAUUUGCGUGGGUGGGGGAAGGCGGCGUUACUAGCCCGGGCACACCAAAACUCCCUUGCCCUUCGUGAGACCGGUAUUAUCAGCAACCUCCUUUCCCUCCGGUUCUGCCGGCCCCAUUGCCGUAGUUCUCCAUGGCCGAAAGAACAUGUGGCAGUGAAAAGAAUCACAGCUCAAUUUCUAAGUUUCAGUUACGUGAUAAAGCAUCCAUUUGACUAGGCUGAGAACCGAAGAGAGCAGAUUGCCUCACGCAUAUUCUGAAGCGAUAUGGGCGGUGUUUGAAGAGUUAAGUAAUGCAGUUUGGAACAGGGUCGACCUUUCUUGUCUUAUUAUACGCACAUCCAGCCUUGUCUCAACAAUGCCAACUUUCUAAAAAUACUCCUUUGUAAUUAAAAAUUAUAUCUUCCCUCUGUUUAUAAGUGAAAUAUAGCCAUUUCAGAUUAAAUGAAUUUUCUAUCCAAGAACAUAAAACUUAGGUGACACUCAGCAGUGAAACUAUUUUUUUUAAUAAAUUUAAACAUUGAGCUGUAAUAUUUUAAAAACAAUUCCAUCCAUAAUGUUUGGAAGUUGUGGGCCAUAAUUUUAAUGGGUAGCAGGGAAAGCCCAAACAAGCUAUUUUUAUUGAGGUGCAUGUGUCUGGAAACAAAACUCUGCAGUUACAUGCGUGGACAUGUUUGAAUUCCGCUUGCGUCAGGGUACCACUCCACUGCCCGAGAGGAUACAGGGAUCUUGAAUGUUCUUCGGGAAGCAGGCAAGUUGCCGGGCCAGAUGUUUAGAAUAGCCACACGCACUAAUAACCAGCCGUCUGCUGUACAGCACCUUAAAUGGUAUAACAACUGCCAGUUUCAGGAAAACGCUAGUUAGGUCAUAUGGCUGUCCUAUUCGGCACACUUUGUUGGUGAAGCGCCCUUGGUAAACGUGCACUGCCUCCAUUGCAAUUCCUAUCGCCUUCCCUACAUCACGUACAUGUUGGCCAUCUCUGCAGAUGUGAAGUACUCGCCUGGAGCCCCCUGCCCUAUUCGCCCCACGCGUCAGCCGUCCACUGUGCCUACCCAGCUCGUCGCCUGCUUCCCGCGAUCACUUGGCCUCUCAGCUAUUGGAGUAGUGCAUGCGCGCUACUCUUUGCUUCUGCAACUUUACAGACAUACGUUCCUCGAACUAUUGAUGACCUAGAGUAUGAUCGCAACACAGCCUUUCAGCGUUUCUGGAAGAAGCAGGCGGAACAGUGCCUCAUGGAACCGCACUAAUGCGAGCUCAGUGACACGAUGUUGCUACUAGUUGUGUGCUGUAGUUAGCAAGUUUCUCAUUGUGGUGAGGGUAUUUGUUGACAUGGCAACACUGUGCAAGCAUUACUGCUGCAACUCACUUCGUCAGUUCUGUUUUUAAGUCUUAGCAGUUUCUCCAAUUCCUGUUACGCAGUAUGUGUUGAUUGAGUUUGAUGUUUGGUUUUCACGUGACAUGAAUACCCCAUUGUACAUUCCACUCUGUAUCACUGCUCAGUUAUGAUUUGUUUCUGUCCCCUAACAUUCCUCACGUUUCAACAUGCCAUUCAAACAAAAAGGUGUUUUCAAAGAAUGUGUGAUGAGAAGAGUGUAAAUUAUGUUCCUGUUGUAAGAUGCUAUUUCUUGCAGCAGAUGUUGUGGAACACCAUACCAAAGAAAUAGGUAUGUUUUAUUUGUGUUAUUUAUUUGAGGUAAUUUUUUUUUAAGCUUGGCUUCUAAUAAUUGACCCUAGCGAUGUAUUAUUGUGAUGUAUUAUGAAAUGUGAGUGCGACAGUAGUGUGAGAAGUUGGGAAGGUGUUGUCCGUGAUUGUGGAGCGCCUGUUGUUGUGGUGUGGCCACGGCGGGAAUGCAUGCUCACGACUUGCUUGCGUCUGGAGGGACGCCGCGCGGCGACGGUAGGGGCGGCCGGAGGAAUAGAGGAUAAGUUAGAUCAAAACAAUAAAAGAUCAGUUUUGUGCAAUCUGACUACAUAUACUAGAUAUCUUGGCUUAAAUCAUAAAAAGCAUGCAUAUAAUAUUAUUUUAAUUAAUUGCAUUAAAAAUAGCCUAUGACCAUUGAGUUAUCUUCAUUAAAAAAAAAUUAAAUUUCCAUAGAGAGUCUGCUAGAAUUCCUUAAUUUAUAUUUAUUUCUACUAGUGAUGUGUCAGUUCUACUUUUUUCCCAGUUCUUAAAAAUCAGUUCUCGGUAGGGGUGUGCGGGAUCCCGACGCUUCGGGAAAAAAGUCGGGAAAAUAGGCUUCCCGAAAUGCCGGGCGGUAAUUUUAUUACUCCUGAAUUUUUCGGGAAAUUGUUUAAAAAUUUACAAAUGUUUACUAAUCAUGUGAAAAUGUUUUUUAUCAAUUCAAACUGUUUUUACAACAAUAUUUUUUAUGGAUUCGUACAUUUUUGAAGGGUUUCCGUACUAUUUAAACGCAAAACAUCUUUUAAACGUAUGCCGAUCGUAGCGACAGCUGUGGUGUGCAGUGAAUUAUGAUAAUCGUUUACACAUAUCUAAUUGGAAUAUAAAAAAACGUACAUGGAGUACCUUAAAUAUUGAAUGCGUUCAUAAAUAUAUUUCUUCAAGGGUACAAAUUUGCAAGAUACGUGAAUAGUCAGUUAUAUAACGUUAUUGCCGUCACCAUCGAAUACUUAACCUAAAACCACUGUGUGUUCUUAGACACAAACAAAACACAUGCGCAAUCCAACCUUUUCGCCAAAGAUAUAAGAAAUACUAGACUUGCGUUAAUAACGAAGCGUAACCGUUCUCAUUACUUGAUAGCAGUGGCGAUAUAGAGAACUGUAUUGGCACUUUGAAAAAAAUGAAAUCACGUAGUUUUACACCACUGCUCACGAGUAUCUAAACAUCUAUGAUUUUGCUUUGGGAGAAAAAAAUAGUUGUUUACUGUUUAGUUUGGCGGGCUUUGUCGGCUGACGUUACUUUAUUAAGGCUUGUGCAAAGUAUCUGUUCCUAUUUUCGAUGCCGUUGUAUAUUAAAACAAACUAGCAGCCUACAAAUAAUGGAUGUCGCAACCGAUCAGCUUGUUACUUGUAAACCUAAAAGUGUUUGGAAGUAUUUUGAACGUCUGACAGACAGUUAAUCCCUGGCAAAGUGUGUCUCGUAAAAUUUUUGAGAUGCGAGCAUGGUAGCAUGUCUGGCUAUAAAAAAAGAAUUUGAGGAUGCUAAAAAAUAUGAAGUCGCCGCUGAAAAAAGGGCAAGUGAAGCAGACAAAAGAAAUAGCAGCAAAAAAGAAACAACUAACUUUGCAAGAAAUGUUUAAAUGGCCAUCUUCUCAUAUUAUAAUUUUAAAAAAAAAAAUUUAUUUUCCCGAUCCCGUCCCGUUUCCCGCGGGAAUAAUUUAUUUUUCCCGAAAAUUUCCCGCAGUACAAAAACCUAUUCCCGCACAUCCCUAGUUCUCGGUUCUUAGUUGUACGUUAGCCUCCCCACAAUUUCAAGUCACACUAAAUAUACAGUAUGCUCUAAUAAAUGGUGUGUUUGUUUAACAUGACUUGCCAGCACCCCACUCUACCAUGAUCUGACCACAAAGAAGUCACCUAGACCCCGGGUAGCAUAGUUGCUUCUCAAGCUACUAGAUGCUGAAGCAGCACUGUGCAGCAGUAUCUAGUAAUGCAUAUUAACUACUUUUUUUUCCGCUGGGACAUUAUUUAAUUUAGACAUACCAAUAAAAAAUUGCUUGAAAAAUAGAUUUUUUAAUUCCGUUAUUUUUUCUCAAAAAUUAAUUAAUUUAUAAAAAAUAAAUCUAAAAAAUUAAUACUGCAAUGCCAAACACCAAAGCAAUUGCAAGUUAUGUAUAGUAUGUAUUGUUAUGGGUGAGGAUGAAACCCCUAAACAUUGUCCUGUUAAAAUAGUAUAUUAAUGCAUGAUAUGUUGGUUGAAUUAUAAGUAGAGACCUAGAAAUUUCUUGAAUAGCUAGUCUUAAAACUUUUGGGUGACAAGACACUGAAAUUCUUGGGUAAAAUUGGAAAAAUUCUUGGUGAAAAAAUUUAUGUGUAGUUAUCAAACGGACAUGUUAUUUUAUAUAAAUAUAAUACAAUAAAUUAAAUAAUAUUUACAAACACUCAAUCCUAAUUUCAGAGAAGCUAGUUUGAAUACUUAUUUAAUAAAAAUGAGUAGAUAUUAAAUAGAGUUAGAUAGGUAGAUAAGUGAAAUAAUGAAAGAAGCCUUCUUCUGUAAAACAUAAUCAUUAUUUUCAUUGGGGUGAAAGUGCUGAGGCUGGCAUGAAAGGCGUGGCAAGGGCGCAUGAGGAACCAGCAGCCGGUGCUGGAGGAAUGAGAGGGAUAGUGUUGUCAUUUGUAAUGUACCGGUCAUAGGCGAACCUGGGGUAAAUAAAGUCGAAGACAGUUGUGAAGGCUCAUGUCGGAAGCUUCGCGCCGAGUGACGUGCGAGAUGACUUCACCGAGCAGCCCGAUUGCUAAGCAAACCUAAACAAAGUCGAAUCGCAGUGGGUUGUUCGUGACUGGUCAGUUUCAAUUCUCGAAUUGUGGUGAUUGGUCUAUGGACUAAUCAGUACAACUCAACUUGGAUUAUAUUUUAGUUUAGCUGAACAGAAUUGGACUCUGGGUAGCGGUAGUGAUUGCUACACUGAGUCAGUAGCUCGUGGCCUCAGCUCAGUGCGCUGGUGUUUAUAUUCUGUAUGUAUGUAGAUCAGUCAUCGCUGGGUCAUUAGGUUUUAACUUUUACGAGUGUCAGGUUAAAAAUGUUGGCCUUGUGAUCGUAAGUACAUCUUCAAACAUAUACUUAUUUAACAUUUUAAUACAUAUUUAUAUGAUAGUACAGUCCAGAGCCUAUGUUCAGCUCACCUCCACAAAAAAAAAUUUCUAAAUCACAAUGCAUGAAAGAGAGGUUAGGUUCAAAACUUAAUUUUUUAAAAUUAUGUUUUACUGAACUUCAACUGUUAGUUGUUAACACCCAUACAAUCAAAUAAUAUAUCAAGUGUAUUAUCUUGCCAAUAUCAACUUAUCAAGGGUAAGUUUGUAAACGGUAGGUUAAUUGAUUAUUUUGGCAAUGGAAUGGGUAAUACAGUACUUAACUUCUUUUUGUAUUUUUUAAUUUUAUUAGGAUUUUGUAGGUAUUUAAAUAUUGUAAUGUAAACAUAACUUACGAGAAUUGAAAGAAAAAUUGUGUAGAAACUGCAAACCUAUUUAUAAUAGCCCAGUGUUGAAGAAUGAAAUUCGCUUCAGAAAUAAAUAAAUUUAUCGGUAGACCGAGAACCAGGAUCAAUCCGUCACUAAAUUGUACAUUGUGGUUUAUUGAUAAAUUACAUUACAUUGCAUACUUAUUUGAAUACCAAGAUGUAUGCUUAAAAUAACUUUUUCAUCUGAUUUUAGUUUUUUUUGUUAAUAUUGGUAAAUCACCUCUAAAAAUGCCUAAACUAUUACAGAUAAAGUAUUCUUACCUUCAUGAUUUAGUGUGUUCAUUUUAUUUUCAUCUAUUUCAGUUUGGUUCUCUUGUGAUUGCGGGGGGUGUCGUAGAAGUGGUGUGCAACUUCUGGCGUGAAGCAAACUCUGUGUUCCGACAAACCUGUCAAGUUGAAUCCCGGGCAACUUCUCACACAUACUGUAACCUUUUGGAGUAUUAUGAAUUUCAAAGUUUUAUUUAUGUUAAAUAUUUAUAUGUAUAUGUUUAAUGUUUUUACAGAUUCUCUUACACAAAAUGUCAAAGACAAGUAAAAAAAAAUGCAAGAAUGAGGAUUAUGUUUAUUGAAAUGCUUACAAGAAUUUUAAGAUAAAAGAGAAAUCAAUUUUACCAGUUACGUGCAUAGCCACAGAAACAAAUUAGAACAAAACAAAUUCUGUGACUGUGAGCUAUUUUACAGGCACUUAAUUUUCAAUGCAUGUUCCUAUUUUGUUUAUUCAUAGUAAUGUACAUAUUUGUUUUUAUGUUAUUUUUAAUGAGUUUACUAUUAUUUAUAUUUAUGUUUCACAGUUUUAUCUGUUGUUAAGGUUGUAUGUUGUUGACAUGUAGUUUCUCCUCAGAAAGAAUUGAUUUUUUUUUGGUACAGUUUUGUUAAUGGCCUUGUGACAUGUUGUUUUGACUGAAAGGUAUUCAUCUGCUAUAGCCUCCUACAUAACCUCAAUGUGUGGCAUUGGAAGUUACCCAAGGACACUAUAACACAUGAAAGUUUCAGAUAUGUCGGAUCGUUUACAUUUGCUGUACUAUGUUAUUAUGUAUUAACCAAAGGAUUAGUAUAAAUUACUAUAGAGACAUGAGAAUAUGUUGCCUUUAUAACCAAACAUAAUAUGUUAAAAGGAAUUAAAACUUAUUGGAAUAAACCACUGGGAACAAAUAACACAAAUAUCAGAUUGGUGCUGGUUGUAAUUAUAGGCCUUUGUAAAAACAACAAUGUAAAACAAACAUCAAUAAAACAAUUAACAUUUUAACAAAUGUUAUUAAGUAUUAUAUAUUAAGUAACGAGCUCGUGAACAACUAGGUACGUACCAAGUAUUUAUAUUAGAUUUAAGUAAAAACAGGUUAAGUUUAUCAACAAAUAUUAUUUAAAAAAUUAAUUCAUCAAACAAAUAUUAAAUUAUUGAAGUCUUCUUAUAAUUCUUUCUUCAUAAUGAAAAUUAAUUGCCGGAAAUGUUCCAAAGUGUAGAAAUCAAUAUUAUUUCGUUGAUUCAAGUUCAAUAGUAGAAACUUGCAUGAUGAUCACGUAGAAGUUUAAAACAGUUACAUAACCUUAAUAUAAUAAUAAUGAUAAUAAUGAAAUUUCUGGCCUUUGUUUUGAAGAGGUUAAUUCCCAAAAAUGAAUUUAGAUUCCUGGAACACCAAAGCCAGGAUGAGGCCCAUGACUCGAACCGCUAUGGAAUGAAACCACAAAAAUAUUAACCUCCAAACAUAAAAAAUAAUUAUCAUGGGAUACACUUUUCCCACAGACGAAACAUUUACUCACCCAAAACGGCGGUAACAGAUAAGUUAUUACAUUUUGUGGUGGUUUUUACAUCCGCACCAAAAAAUUACAUGCCAAAUGGCCGAAAAGAAAUUGAAAAGGGCAAGGUAAGUCUUUUUCGUUAGACACGACAGAAAUCAUAGAGUUUACAAUAAGUAGAAUUAUACAAACAAAACAAAAUAUUCAUAGAACCAGUAUUGUAGUAGUGUUUCCCUUACACAUUUGAUUAUAAUAGAAACAAACACAUUUAAGACAUUAUUAAUUAAAUAGCUACACAAAACCUUAACAUUAAGACAAUGAAAUAUGUAAAGAUAAAUAAAUAUUAAAUACAAUCUUUGCAUAAAAAUAUUAAAAUUUAUUUAACAUGAAAGAUUAAAAAAAAGAAAUGUGAAUAAAUUAAUUACCUACUCAUAAAAUCACGAGUGCCAUACCUAGAAACGGCACAGCCUUUAUUUGCUUGGUUCAAAAGAAUGGUUUAAGUAUAAUUUUAUUAUUUUCCUUCAUCGUUACAUAAUCUAAUUUCAUACUACUGUGAUAAAAUUAAAUCUUACAUUUUUGUAAACAUGAAUGCAACUCGAAUGAGCGACACCAUUGUUCACUUCCCCAGCCCUGGAGCUCUUGAAUAUGUAGUGUUUACUACACUGUGUGCCGAUUCUCCUUACAUACAUGUUUGAUGUGUUUGUGGUGUAAUUAUUUCCCUCGGCAUAGUUUGCGGGAAAAUUCAACCAAAGUGGGAGAAGCGUGCAACCCAUAUUUAGAAGUUAACUGAAAAUAAUUUAAAAAAUUAAGCUUAUUAACAAGAAAAUGAGGGUAAAAUUAUACCAGUGUAUUAAACAAGCUAAUUAACAGGAAAUGUGAAAGGGUUUCACUGCAUAAAUUAAAUUUGUAUAAUGUGUACCUUAUAAAUGUAAUAUUUUAUACUAAAUCUGUUCUUCUAAUACCGUAGAACUGUCACGUUGUGGUAACACGUAAUUCUGUUAUUUUAUGGUUCAAUUUAUUUUCUCUUCCUAUUGUUUGGUAAGUCUUCCAUUAAAAUAAUUUUUUGUAAAAUUUUUAUUGAUUGGGUUGUGAUUUGAUGUAAUUAAUGGAGUGUUCAGUUUCUAGUCAUAUUGUAAACUCAAAUAGUAUUAAUUAUAAUGUCCUGUUAAUUCUCUGGUGGUCAUGACUUCUGCACAGGGCUGUGUUAACAUGCACCUGGGUGCUUGAAGGAGAUAUCUUCUUCUUUACGUCUUUCAGUAGGUUUUGUUUUAUUAUUUGCGUGCUUUCACUUUUUCUGCCAAAACUCUUACUUACUCCCGUUGUUCAGAACAAAGUCAUUAUUAUUAAUAUAAAUUAUUUUUUAUGGCUUUAGCUGAAUGUUUGCUGAGCUUAUGAAGUAUGAUGCCAUUAUUUUUAAACACAAUACUGUUUUUGAAAAUGUAAGUCUAUGAAAAUUGGAGCUAUUGUUGUACAUAGAUUUACAAGUUUAUUGUUGAUUUGUUUGUGUUGAAAAAAGUUGAAAAUAAAUUUUUUUAACUAA